GGCCUUGCAAAGUAUGUACGAUGAUUACGUACAGCGACAGUACAGAUGCUGAUGUUCUCACGAUUAAAUGGGGCAACAACAUACGAGAUGUGAAUGGCAGAGAUCACAUAGCUACAAGAAUUGCUGCAGAUGCAAUUACCGUUCCUGUAUACAAAAACAAAGGCGUCGUCAGACAUGGAAAGAAAUAUGUUAGUAUUAGCAUACGGUCGUUUAUUAAAGGUCAGACUCUGGAAUCCAUUAUGUCGUCGUUAGAUCAAGAAGAUAUCGAUGCAAUUAUGAUGCAAAUUACGGCUCUUACCUGGGAGCUCGCAAAGAAAACUUCACAGUUCUUUGGUCACAUACAAGACGGAUCGCUGCGAACUACGUGCUCUGCUGGAUACAUACGUACGAGAGUGCUCUUAGAUAAGCUCGCGGGAGCUCUCGAUGCAAGUGACUGCACUGAAGUUGGAACUGAUCCAUAUGUUGGCUCUGCUGUGUUUUGCCAUGGAAAUCUAUCUCCGGAGCAUAUUAUAGUAAAUGGCGCCACCGUUGUUGGUGUGGUAGGCUGGAGCGAAGCUGAUUUCGUGCCUGAGAUAUAUGAUAGACUCAAGUACUUCUUCAAGUCAAACCCAAAGGAUCCUCAGUGCUGGUACAGAAAGGUUUCAGAUAUAGUUACAACACCCGACAAUACUCGACCAUCUGUUGAAUUCGUGAUGAAUACAACACAAUACGUGUACAAAUCCUCGUGGUCACGUGCAACACCCACGCGUAAAGCAGUGGUAACGCAGCUAUGGAAGCAGCUGACAACAAACUAUACGAUCCUCAACUGCCUGGCCACAGCCGAAGAAGCUGCAUGCGACAAUAUGUCGCUCAGCUCACUAACUAGCUGGUCUAAACAGUCUUCUAUAACAGUAACCUAGGUUCAUAAUGCCACUACUCAGCAGCUCAAGUACGUCCAAGGGACCGACAUUGCGUGAAAUAAAGAUAACAUUUGAAAAUAUAUGUGCCCAUUUGAACAAUGCCAAGUACAUAGAAGGAGUUGAUCAGCUUAGCACUAUUACUAUGUUGGAAGGGUUGUAUGCGUAUAUUGCUGGCAAUAGAAACAAUGCUCUGACAUGCCCUGCACCAGCUGGUAGUCCCGAUGACCAGUAUCACACUAUGUGGCCAGAAGGCGCUGUAGUGAUAUCGCGUGCACCAUCGACUUCAUCUCG